AUGUUCAAACUGCGCGCGGAGAAGAACUGCAUGCGACCUCGCACACCCUGCUUUAUCAGCUACAUCAUCAUCAUCAUCAUCAUCGUCAUCAACAACAACAGCAGCAGCAGCAGUAGGAUCACCGUCGACAACUACUUCCUCCGCUCACUCGCGCUCCCCCAGUCUCCCGCUCGUGCGACCCAGGGCCAGCACGAACUGUGGCAGGUGCGAGUAGUCCAGCUAGGAUUCCACCAUGAAUUCCUCCUCCACGGCAUCCUGGCGGCCUCCGCCUUACAUCUAUCCUACCUGCGACCCCAGCGACGGGAGUCGUUGGCGUUGCGUGCAUCCACCCACCAAAGCCUAGCCGUGCAGUCUUUCCGCAUUUGCAUUGAACCGCGUCGACCCGAGCCCAGGGCUGCAAGGCUUAGCUGCCCAGAAGGAGAUUCUGGACUGGUUCCACAUGGUUCGCGGCUGAAACUCCGUCCUCCAGACGCAGUUGGAGACCCUCUAUCCCACAGCUUCCUCGCCCCGCUCCUGAACAGAGCUAUGACGCAGCACACCGCACCCUCGCAUACGGUCACCGACUCACACCGGGUUACCGACCUGCUACGGCUUUGCACCUCCGACCCCGUAGCGCAGGACAAAGAGACAGCCAACGCAUACGCGCUGGUUAUCCACGAGUUGCUCAAUGCAUACACGCAGGUAGCUAUGCUCGCAGGGCGCCGUCAGGACUUUGUGCCAGUCAUCUUCGUGUGGCCGAUAGCAAUUCCGCAGACUUAUCUGAUUCUCCUAGGCGAGCCCAAGCCGGAGGCGAUGGUCAUCCUCGCCCAUUAUUCGGCACUGCUGCAACAGGUGGAUGACCAGUGGUUCAUGAAAGGGUGGGCCCGGUAUUCAGUGAUGCAGAUUGCAACGGCGCUCGGGGAGGAGUGGCAGGCAUGGCUGACCUGGCCCAAAGAAGUGACGGGGGUUCAAGUUGCUUUGCCCCAGUGA